GUCUGUUACAGAGCGAUGGGCAAGUUUGACGACAACGAGAGGAUAAUCCUCAACGUCGGGGGCACCAGGCACGAAACCUACAAAACCACCCUGAAGACCCUGCCGGGGACGCGUCUGGCCCUGCUCGCCUCCGACUCGGACAUCGACUCCGUGCUGGAUCAGCUGCAACAAGUCCCCGGCUUCAUCGAGUACAACGCGCGGACCAACGAGUACUUCUUCGACCGCCACCCGGGUGUCUUCGCCUACGUGCUCAACUAUUACCGCACCGGGAAACUCCACUGCCCGGCGGAUGUGUGCGGACCGCUGUUUGAGGAGGAGCUCUCCUUCUGGGGCAUCGAUGAGACGGACGUGGAGCCCUGCUGCUGGAUGACAUACCGGCAGCACCGGGACGCGGAGGAGGCUCUGGACGUGUUUGAGCUUAACGUGGACAACGGGGACGAGGACGACGAGAUAGGGAAGAGGCUCGGCAUUGAGGACGUGGCUGCCGACGGUAAUGUCAGCCUGUGGAGGAAGUGGCAGCCGGUGAUCUGGAAUCUUUUCGAGGAUCCCUACUCCUCCAGGGCGGCGAGGUUUAUUGCCUUUGCGUCUUUGUUCUUCAUCCUGGUCUCCAUCACCACCUUCUGCUUGGAGACUCAUGAGGCUUUCAACACCAUCAUCAACAAGACUGAGGCGAUGCGGAACAGCAGCAUGCCAGAUUCGGGCCCACAAUAUGAGAUUGAAACUGAUCCUGCACUCACAUACGUGGAGGGUGUUUGCGUGUUCUGGUUCACCAUCGAGUUCCUGGUGCGUGUGACCUUCUGCCCGGUCAAGUUGGAGUUUAUUAAGAGUGUUCUCAACAUCAUCGACUUUGUGGCUAUCCUGCCUUUCUAUUUGGAGGUAGGGUUGAGUGGCCUUUCUUCAAAGGCUGCCAAGGAUGUGUUGGGCUUCCUCAGGGUGGUGCGCUUUGUUCGGAUCCUGCGUAUCUUCAAGCUAACACGUCAUUUCGUGGGACUAAGGGUGCUAGGCCACACAUUACGGGCCAGCACCAAUGAAUUCCUGCUGCUCAUCAUCUUCCUAGCGUUGGGAGUGUUAAUUUUUGCCACCAUGAUCUACUAUGCCGAACGAAUUGGCGCUAAGCCCAAUGAUCCCACAGCUAGCCUCCACACCAAGUUCAAGAACAUCCCCAUUGGCUUCUGGUGGGCCGUGGUAACCAUGACAACACUGGGCUAUGGCGACAUGUAUCCAGAGACCUGGUCAGGCAUGGUUGUGGGCGCAUUGUGCGCCUUGGCAGGUGUGCUGACGAUAGCCAUGCCUGUGCCUGUUAUUGUCAAUAACUUUGGGAUGUACUACUCCCUGGCCAUGGCCAAGCAGAAGCUGCCCAAGAAGAGGAAGAAACACAUCCCUCAGGUGCAGGGAGGGUCCCCCACCUACUGCAAAGCCGAUCUCAACACCACCUGCAACAGCACGCAAGGUGACCUGUGCCUCGUAAAAGGGAGCAGGGUACUAGAACGCAACCGCUCAGUUCUCUCAGCAGAUUGCAGCGGAGGCAGUGACCUGACCAUGUCUCCAGAUGAGAGGGUCCCCAUGCGAAGGUCCAGCACCCGGGAACAGGACCGCCGGAGUGGGGGGACGUGCUUUCUGCUCGCUGCUAGUGACUACAGCUGCCCUGCAGAUGGGGGGCUACGAAAAACAGGCUAUGAGAAAUCCCGGAGCUUAAACAACAUAGCGGGCAUGGCUGGUAACGCCCUGAGGUUGUCUCCUGUGACCUCGCCCUACGGAUCGCCCUGCCCGCUGCGGCGCUCUCGCUCCCCUAUACCCUCCAUCCUGUGAGACAUCCAGCCCUGGGCCACUUUGGCCUAAACCACCCCACAUCCUACUCCCAAAGCAUCCACCUACCCUUGCUAUUAUAUCUGAACUCUGUUCUAGAUUGUGACUAGUGGAUAAGUACUUAACUUUGUAGCUAAGACUAAUGUUAGUGGCUUGGGCAACCUGAGCAACUCCUCACUUUCCCCUUUUUCUUUGAAGGUACAUGUGCUUAGCUAACAUCCUUAAGUAACUGGUCAGUUCUCCUUUGUCACUUGGAGUUCCCUUUGGUUCAAUAUUGUUGUACCUUGAGACUUGCAAUAAAAGAACUCUUGACUGGUGGCUUCAGAAGUAGCAGCCAUAGCGUUUAAUAAAGGACAAAUUAAUAAUCAGGGAUAUUAGAAGUUGCUAUAUUUAGAUACCUUGAAAAAGACGUGCUUCCAAAAAAAGAAAGAGAGAUGUCCCAUCAUUUUAACCUCAUACGACUGUG